UUCACUUCUGCAGGUCUCUGCUCUCCAAGCCUCCCUGCAGCGGCAGGCUGGCACCGAGCCCGCGUCUCGCAGCAUCCAGAGAGCUUCAGAGCCAGCCCAGAGGGAGGAAUGAGCUCGCAGGCCAGGAACCAAGGAGGAGAAAACCAGUUCACAACUGAUCUAUUUUUAACAGCAUCCAAGUGUUGGAUGAAGCCUUCACGCUCCCCGUGGCUGGAGGGGCUGGACCAGGCAGGGCACAGCAGCUCAGCCGCGCAUCCAGCUCCAAGAAGGUUGUUUUGGCUGUCCCCAGUUUAAUCAAACACCCAGCAGCAAGGCUGAUAGGGAUGGGGAAGCUGAGAAACCCCUCGAGUAUCCCUCCCACUAACCCACACUGGGCAAUUCCCAGAGCUACCUGCUUUUCUCACUCCCCAUGGGGGGGUUCCCCCACCCUGAGGGGCGCUGCACGCCCGAGCCCCCCGCCACCAGGAGCAGGAGGGAGAUGGGUGGGAAGCGGGCGGCUGGCAGGCAGGUGCUGCGAGGCAAGGCAAACAGCACCAGGGACCUUGAGAUAACGCCGAGCUAUAAAGGAGAAAAGGGCUGGGGGGGAGAGUGCCGUGCAGGGCUGGCUCUGCCCUGCGGGAAGCCUCGCACUAGCUCCCCACUUUUCAAGGGGGAAAGCCAGCCCGUUGAUUUUCCUCACUGAAGGAGAUGGUCAACACGUGGGGCAGCAAAGGGACGAACCACACGUAGGGGCAGAAGGGCCAGCAAUGAGCCCAGGCUCUUCUCAGCUCCCCUCGUGCCCUGGGACAAGGAGGACGCCGGGAUGAACCCCCAGAGGCAGCCAGGUGCCGUGGAGCCCCUCACUCACCCGUACCGGCCUCGGAGCCGCUCCCCGCCUCGGUACUGGCUCAGAUCCAACCCCUACCAAGCCAACCUGCUCCGAGACGGCGUGCGGAGGUACCUGCAGCUGCCGGCAGACCAGACAGUGCUCAUACUGCACGCAAAGGUCGCCCAAAAGUCAUACGGCAAUGAAAAAAGGUUUUUCUGCCCUCCACCUUGCGUUUACCUGAGUGGGCCAGGCUGGAAACUAAAGCAGGAACAGCUAACAGCCAGGGACCUGGGAGAGGCAGGUUUCCGCGUGUGGGGGUACAUGGGGCUGGACAGCAUGGGCAGCAGCCUGAUGGAGACGCAGAAGCUGAGCUUCGAGGAGCAGCCGGACUCGAAGGGCUUUGGCUGCGCCAAGGCGCUGUACAUCUCGGACGCGGACAAGCGCAAACAUUUCCGCCUGGUCCUGAAGCUCUUCUUCAGCAACGGGCAGGAGAUCGGCACCUUCCACAGCAAGCUGAUCAAGGUCAUCUCCAAGCCCUCGCAGAAGAAGCAGUCGCUGAAGAACACAGACUUGUGCAUCUCCUCGGGCUCCAAGGUGUCCCUCUUCAACCGCCUGCGCUCCCAGACCGUCAGCACCCGCUACCUCUCCGUGGAGGGGGGAGCCUUCAUCGCCAGCGCCAGGCAGUGGGCGGCCUUCACCCUCCACCUGGCCGAUGAGCGCUACACCCGGAGCGAGUUCCCCCUGCGGGAAGGGUACAUCCGCUACGGCUCCGUGGUGCAGCUCAUCUGUACGGCCACCGGCGUCACCCUGCCUCCCCUGAUCAUCCGGAAGGUGAGCAAGCAGUACGCCAUGCUGGACGUGGACGAGCCCAUCUCCCAGCUCCACAAGUGCGCCUUCCAGUUCCAGGGCAGCGACCACAUGUACCUGUGCCUGUCCACGGAGAAAGUCAUCCAGUUCCAGGCGUCUCCGUGCCCAAAGGAAGCCAACCGGGAGCUGCUGAAUGAUGGCUCCUGCUGGACCAUCAUCGGCACCGAGAUGGUGGAGUACACCUUCAGCGAGAGCCUGGCCUGCGCCCGCGAGCCCGUCAGCCCCGUGCCGCUCAUCGCUGCCCUGCAGCUGACCGGCGGCGGGGACGUGGCCAUGCUGGAGGUGCAGGGCGAGCAUUUCCACGCACACCUCAAGGUCUGGUUCGGAGACGUGGAGGCGGAGACGAUGUACAGGAGCCCCAAAUCCCUGGUGUGCGUCGUCCCCGAUGUCUCCGCCUUCGGCAGUGACUGGAGGUGGCUGCGAUACCCCAUCACGGUCCCGCUCCUGCUGAUCAGGGAUGACGGCCUCAUCUACUCCAGCUCGUUCACCUUCACCUACACCCCGGAGCAGAGCCUCCUGCCGGGACAGCCGGUCCCCUCGGACGUCCCGCAGGACUCGGACACACUGCUCGACAGCAUCCACCAGGAGUUCACCAGGACCAACUUCCACCUCUUCAUGCAGAGCUAG